AUGACACCAACCAUACAUCAGGAAGGCCGCCGCGCCUCCCCCUGCUAUGAAGAAGGCCCAUCCAGGCCAAGGACAUGGAAUCACCGGAAUGAAAGAGGUAUGCCUCCCUUAUUAUCUGCUCACAACUUUUGCGUGUCACUUACAAAAAUAGUCUACGCUCUUGAGAAACUUAGAACAAAGGUGAAGUGGCCACCGAAGAUGAGAUCAAGACCAAACACCGGAAAAUUUGACGCCUUCUAUGAGUUCCACCAGGAAUGUGGGCACAAAAUAGAAGAUUGCAUCGCCCUUAGACAAGAAGUCGUAUAUAUGUUACGACAAGGGCACCUCAAAGAGAUGUUAAGCGAUAAGGGGAGAACCAACUUUGCCAUAGGACAUGAACAUCAAGGCCUGCCAACGCCACCAUCGCCAGCUCGUACUAUCAACAUGAUCAUCAGCGAUGGUGGCGACGCCUCUAUGAAUGGCGUGAAGUUCACUACCACUUACAUGCUCAAGCAGUCUAUCACCCGCGAACGGUAUGACAGACUCAUAGAAAGUAUCAUCUUCGACGAGUCGGAUGCCGAUGGUCUAACUUUUCCUCAUAAUGAUGCCCUCGUUAUUACUUUACGCAUUUUAGAUACAUAUGUCAAACGCAUCAUGGUGGACGAUGGAAGUGGCACAUGCAUUAUCCAUCCCCGAGUGAUUACCCAAAUGAGACUCGAGGAUAAGAUAAUGACGCGCUGUAUCACGCUAACCGAUUUUAAUAAUACAAUUGAGCGGACAUCCGAGGAAAUUACACUCCCCGUCUUGGCCGGCGGCGUGACUCUGGAGACGACGUUCCACAUCAUGGACCAGUCCACUGCGAGUAUUCGCCCAAAUACUGGAACAAGAGGUAAUAACCUUUAUAUGGAGAAACAUCAUCUGCCGAUUCGGCCUACCCAUGGAAAUCAGCUGUGA